AUGUCUUUCCUUCAUAAUCAUUCUUGCGAGUGCGUUAAGUCAGAAUUGGAUUUGUUUGCACUACCGUCUACACAAACUAGCAUUGAAAAUGGAUUGUGGAUUCAUUAUAAACCAAUUUCAUCUCUUGGUGAUGAUGGACCUAUCGAGUUUCAAGUUCCUGGGACCGGCGAUGACUACAAAGAUUUGUCUCAUACAUUACUCCACAUAAAGGCAAAAGUAUUAAAUCAAGAUUCAACUAACUUGGUAUCUACUACAAUAGUAGCACCUGUAAAUAAUUGGCUGCAUUCACUUUUUAGUCAACUUGAUGUUUAUUUAAACCAAAAACUAGUAUCACCACCUAAUAAUACCUAUGCAUAUCGAGCAUACAUGGAAACCCUUUUAAACUAUGCCCCUGCUGCUAAACAAUCUCAUCUUACUUGUAGUCUUUGGUAUGAGGAUACAGCAGGAAAAAUGGAUUCUACAGAUGGUAAAAACAUAGGAUUUGUUAAAAGACAGGAAUUGAUUAGUGAAAGUAAGGAAAUAGAAAUGAUUGGUCAUCUUCACGGUGACAUUUUUAACCAAGAUAAAUUUUUAAUUAAUGGUGUUGAAAUGAGUGUUAAAUUGGUUCGAUCAAGAGAGAGUUUUAAUUUAAUUGUUGGGUCGAACGAUGUAAAGUUUAAAGUUUGCAUUACGGACGCAACUCUUAUUGUGCGACGAGCACGAAUUAAUCCAAGUGUAUUACUCGCACAUCAAAAAGUUUUAGCUUCUACCACUGCUAAAUAUCCUAUUACUCGAGCUGAAGUAAAAGUUUUAACAAUUCCUUCAGGUGUUCAAGGAAAAACUCUUGAUAAUAUAUUUUUAGGACAGGUACCGAAAAGAUGUAUAAUUGGAUUUGUGAACAAUUCUGCAUUUAAUGGUUCCCUUACUAAAAAUCCAUUUAACUUUGAAAACUAUGGUAUUAAUUCUUUCAGCUUAUAUAUUGAUGGUCAACAAAUACCUUCAAAAGCUUUGCAACCAUCUUUUAAUAAUAGCAUAUUUACAUCAGCAUAUCAUACUCUAUUCUCGGGAACUGGUAUUCACUUUCUUAAUGAAGGAAAUGGAAUCUCUUGUGAACAGUAUGGCAAAGGUUACUGUCUAUUAGCAUUUGACUUAACUCCUGAUUUAUCAGCUAACUCAUCAACUCAUUGGAAUCUCAUAAAGCAUGGUAGUGUAAGAAUAGAAGUACGAUUUGAAUCCUCAUUAAUACAAACAAUUAACUGUAUAGUUUAUGCUGAGUUUGAUAAUAUUAUUGAGAUAGAUAAAAACAGAAAUGUUACUGUAGACUAUAGUAGUUAA